AUGGGCUCCGAUUACGAUACAUUCCGCCGGUUAGCCAUCGGCUCUUGCCUAACUUCCGGAUUGGCUAUUGUGAUCUUAGCGGUUGCUGCCCCUACCCUCUAUAACCAUUCGAUGACCGACUAUUACAAUAUCGAAUCCAGAGCCCUGGUCUACAAGGCCAAGAUGGAGCGAGAACUAAUGGCAUUAAGCUACCCAUAUUUUUCACUCGCCGCCGUCGUGCCUCGUGGGCUGGAGGACCUGUUUGUGAGGGUUGUACGCAACUCAGCUGCCCACAAGGACUCCCCGGUCAGCCAGGAGACUCUGGAGAUGAUGGUAUGCCUGGUAUGCCAGGAAAUCCUGGAACUGCUGGCGAUGAUGGUAUGGAUGUGGAACUGUCACCAGAAGAUGAGAUGCCGUGCACCAUUUGUCCGGGAGGACCGCCUGGACCACGAGGCCCUCAAGGUGAACGCGGUCAGCCUGGGUACCCAGGAAUGCCAGGCAAUGAGGGAGAAAUGGGCAAUCAGGGGGGUGGAUGGGAUGGCCGGGCCACCCGGAAAUCAUGGAAAGUCCGGGAAAAAGGGACCCGAGGGUCCACCUGGCAAUCCUGGCAAAACGGUCAUCGCUGGAGUCGGCAUCAAAGGGCCCAAGGGCCCGCCUGGGCCACAGGGACCGAAAGGAAAGCAAGGAACGACAGGACGGGCUGCAAAAGAAGCUGGAAAUCCCGGAAGCCCCGGUGAACCCGGUGAAGCUGGACCCCAAGGAGUUGUUGGAAAAAUGGGAGAAGAAGGUCCCUACGGACCGCCCGGAGAUCCUGGAAUGCCUGCAUCAUAUUGUCCUAGCGACUGUGGUGUUUCACAUAUUAUCGCUCCAAUGACACAUGCUGUCUUUAAUGCUGAAGCUGAGAAGCCAAAGGAUCAAUAUGCCGGGUAUUCAGUCGGCACUGGCGACGACGAAUACUCCAACCGUCAACUUUCCAACCACCCCUCCGGCGGCUAUCGGAAUCGAUUCGUCCACUGGCAGCAG